UUCAAGAUGGCAGACAGCAUCGUGUCGUUCGUGACGUCCUGCAGCAAAAGAGAUUUCGGUCUUCUGUUAGCUGCAGUAUUUGGAACAGGUAUUUGGCUUUUAAGACGGUAUUUAGUGGGUAGAAAGUGUACAAAUACAAUUCGUUUGGAUGGCAAGACCGUGCUUAUUACCGGUGGUAGUUCUGGUAUCGGGAAAGCCACAUCUAUGGAGAUGUCUCGUAGAGGUGCUCGAGUGAUCCUUGCCUGUAGAAGUGUAGAGCGUGGAGAACAGGUUGCUAAAGAGAUCCGUUCUAUGUACAGUAAUGCUGAUGUAGUGGUGAAAGAGUUAGAUUUAGCGUCGUUAUCAUCUGUGCGAAUCUUCGCUGAGGCAUUCAUGAAAGAGGAAAGUCGCCUAGACAUCUUGGUAAACAAUGCUGGAGUGUAUCAACCCGCGGUGAAGAAGACAGUCGAUGGGUUUGAAGCACAGUUUGGAAUCAAUCAUCUUGGUCAUUUUUUACUUACUAAUCUGCUACUUGAUCUCAUCGAAUCAUCAGCACCAAGCAGAAUCGUUGUAGUAUCAUCAUCCUUGGGCAAGAGAGCUCAGAUUGAUUUUGAUGCAUUUUACAAGGAAGAUGCUCAACAAGUUGUCUCAAGGCACCGAAUGCCUGCCGGUUAUGGACGCAGUAAACUCGCAAACUUUUUGUUUGUCCAUGAGUUAAGCAAAAGGCUACCAGAAGGUGUGACUGUCAAUUGCCUAUGCCCUGGAAUAGUGUGGACAAAUCUUGGACGUGACACCAACUUGUCUCUCAAAUCAAAGCUCAUCUUUUACCCACUGGCCUUUGUGUUUGCUAAAAGACCCUCAGAAGGAAUGCAAACCCUUAUCUACUGUGCUACUGAAGAAAAGUUGAGCAAUGUUUCUGGCAAGCAUUUCAGUAACUGUGAAGAGAAGGAAUUGCCUCCUCACUGUACAGAUGAUGGAGUAGCCAAAAAACUUUGGGAAGUCAGUGAAAAGCUCUGUGGACUAGCAUAGAAUAGCAUAGAAUGAAUAGAAAAUAGAUGAACUGCACUGAAAAAUGACGUCAGCCUUAGCUUUCCCUGUGAGUAGACACUCCAUUUUCUCUUCCUUCUUUAUGCAAGGAGGGAGACUCUGCUAAUAUAGAACAUUUCUCUUGAUAUAAUACUGAAACCAGCUUUAAAACUAGUUUUUAAUCAGAUGUACGCAGUGAGACUGUCAAAAUUAGAAAAUUUUCACAGCGUUGCUUGCAUGACAAAUAUACUGGCAUCAUGCUACAUUGGCAGAUUGUAUCCCCCCCUCUCAUUACCCAAGGACGGAAGCCAGCUUAUAAGACUAGAUUUCCUCUUUACCCCAGUAUGUCAUAAACUUCUUGAUGUGUUAUAUACACUCAUCAUCAUCAUUAURACUCAUCCUGCCAGGAAGUGUAUAAGGCCUUCACACUAUGCAUCGAACCUGCUCUGUUCUGCUUUACCAUUAAAAUACACUGCUUGAAGAAUAAUGAAACAGAACAGUUAUUACCCAUUCAAGUGCUUUAAUGUUGCAUUUUUGCCUAUAAAUCAAUAAUCUAUUACAUCCAUUUGAGUUUUUAUAAUACUUUAUGUAUUGAAAUAUUCCUAAUAUCUACAAAUAAUAUAAAAUAAUGCUUUCAUUUGAAUACUUCUAAGUUAAAAAAAUAUUUGCUUGUAAUUCUGCAUAACAGAUAGACCAAUUUGAUCUACAUUCUUUCAUUUUUCUCUGUGCAGUAACCAUUUCAAUAGAAACAAGAAGCUUUUCAUGGUGGCAUUAAAAACUCAUCAAAAGACCUUAUACAGAAUGCUUUCGGUCAAUGAAACAAAUCCUUUAGGGUAUAAUGUUUUCCCAUUUCAAAGGUAUAUGUCGUUCCCUUGAGAAUAAGAUUCACUGUUUGUUAUGCCCAAGUGAAUUGAUUAAUCCAUUUAAUUAGGUCAAGUGCCAUUCCCCAGAAUAUCAUAUAUUUUUGGCUUAAAACAAACAAAUAUUCAUGUAAAUUAUUCUGACAAAGAAUCUUAUUUCUAAGAGCAUGACAAUAUGGAUGAUGGAAAGACAUUAGGUGCUAACUGAAAGGGUUAAGUGAGCUCCCAUAUUUCUCUACUCACGGUCAGUAGUAUUUUUGAUAUCCUAUACUAUAGAACCCUAUUCGAUUUUUCUUAAACAAUAAAACAAAUAUAGUAUUUGA